AUGGAGAAGCACAUCGGCUGUGACGGAGUCGUCGGCUCCGGCCGCGUGCUGGAUGCCUGCGGCGAGUGCGGUGGCAACAACAGCACGUGCCAAAUUAUCUCAGGCAUCUUCACCGAGCCGUACCUGGAGGCUGGCUACCGCCUGGUGGUGCAAAUCCCGGCGGGGGCCUGCACCAUCCGCAUCGAGGAGCUGGGAGCCACGAAAAACUACCUCGCUCUGCGCGACAGCAAGGGGAAGUUUAUCAUCAAUGGCGACUGGAACAUCGACAUGUCGGGCUCGUAUGGCGGCGCCGGUGCCAGCUUCGCCUACCAGCGCCAGCCGGCCCGCGGCGAGCUCAUCUCCGCCCAGGGACCAAUCACAGAACCCGUCGACAUCUUUAUCCUGUACCGGCAGGCCAACCGCGGCAUCAAGUACGAGUACGCCAUCAAGCGGAACGCGUCGCUGACGUCGGUGCUGCCGCGGCUGCCGACGGACACGGGCGUGGCCCAGUGGGUCGUCACCGGCUACACCGAGUGCAGCAAGUCCUGCGGCGGGGGCACCAGGACCACGGAAGUGGUGUGCAUGAAGAGGAAGCGGAAGCAGCUGGCGCCGGACCGGUGGGAGCCGGGCGCCUGGUCGGCGUGCAGCGUCACGUGCGGCUCGGGCCGACAAACACGCUCUCUGCGCUGCGUCAGCGACGGUCAGCAGGUGGCGCCCUCUCUGUGCCCGGGCGAGCCGCCGGCGCCCGAGAGCCAGACCUGCCUGAUGGCGCCGUGCCCGGUCGGCCUCUGGCAGAUCGGCGCCUGGAGUCCGUGUUCGGUGAGCUGCGGCUGGGGCUCGCGGCGGCGCCAGUGUUCGGUGGAGUGCGGCCAGGGCGUGCAGUGGCGCCAGGUGACGUGUGGAGGCAACUGUGACGCCCAACGGCGGCCCGAGGAGACGCGGCCCUGCAAGACGGACCGCCGCUGCGCCGGCACCUGGUUCACCGGGCCGUGGAGCAGGCGACGGCUGCCGUACUUCAGUACCGGAUGA